AUGGAUUCAAAAGGAAGUUUUAACUUCAGAAAACAUCUGAAGACCAUUAAGAAAGAGUAUGGCAUGUUCGCGAGUCUGCUUAUUGCUGCUGUAUUGGGUAUACUGCUUGCAUUGUUCCUAUACAGGAGGGCAUUUAAUAACAUCGUCAAUGUAAAAGUUAAAUCAUUGAGAGAAGCAUUUGAAAAGAAUGUGGAUCUCGUUGAGAAACAGCGAAAGGAAAAGAAAGCAAAGGAGAAGGAGAAGAAGUUUGAUACAGACAAAUUUCUUCUUCCUCCAUUUGGAGGUGUUCCUGAUAGUGCAAAAGAUCAGGUCGAGAUGGCUAUUACUGAGAUCUGCAAAAGAGUGCAUUUCUUCAACACCAUGAAGGUAGAACAGAUACAGAAGCUGUUUAAGUCAGAAGACAUGCACUAUUUGGUAGUUGGAGAAAACAAAGAUGAACUGGAACGUACUGUUAAUGGAAUUGUAUCAGGAGUAAACAAGAGACUGAAUCAGAUGAAGAAGUUCCGUGGUGAAAAGAAGGACUUUAAUACAGUGAACUGGGAUGGUUAUUUCACUACAAGUGACGUCGUGAUGGUUUCACGAAUUAACAUACGUCUGUUUGAUAUAACAGGUAUCUAUUUUGGCGAGGCAGAAGAAAAUAUAAAGCGUCUAUUCAGCCAGAUGCUUGAGGAAAAGGAUCCGUAUAAUGCCAGUAUCACUGUAUUUAGUGAGUGUCAAAUGAUAUUCAAGAAAAGAAUUGAGGGAGAGAAUUCAAGUGGAUUGAUUGGAUCGAUUCUAGCUGAGGUACUGGGGCAAUUUAACAGGUUGAAUGAGAAGCCAGGACCAAUCUUUAUGAUUGCAUGGACUACUCUACCACGAUACGUGGAUUCAGCCAUAAAAAGAAGGUUCUUUAACCUGAUUACGGUUUGA